UCCGGAUUGGACGUUAAAUGUUCAUGUGUUGCAGACCAGGGCAUUCAAAGGAUCUCACACUGGAAAGAAUAUUGGUGCUCUACUGAAACAGGCAUGUAUUGACUGGAAACUUUUUGAUAAAGAGCCAGCCCUGGUAACGGACAAUGCUUCAAACAUGGUUUUAGCUGACGUGGAAGCAGAGAUGAGCCCUCACCUCAUGUGCUUCGCACACACUAUAAAUCUGGCCACACAGAAAGCCUUCAAAGUGGACACAGUAGAAAGGUUGCUGGGAAGGGUGAGGAGAGUGGUUGGCUUUUUUCACCGCAGUGUCAGAGCAGCAGAAAUUUUACAAGACAAACAGAAACAACUGGCCUUGCCUAUCCACAAACUCAUCCAAGAUGUGUCCACCCGUUGGAACAGUUCCCAUGACAUGCUUGAACGCUUACUGGAACAACAGCCUGCCAUUUCUGCUGCACUCAUGUCCAGGGAUCUCAGAAGAGGAGAAGAGGUUAACACUCUUAAGGACAAAGACUUCUGCGAUGUUGUAGAUAUUGUGAAGCUGAUGGCGCCGGUCAAACUUGUGACCACCAGCAUGUGUGAAGACAAGCGGCCCACACUCUCAAUGAUUUGUCCUGUCAGAGCAAAGCUUAAAAAGAACUUUGAAGCAUCAGAUGAAGACUCAGCGGUAAUCAGAGAGAUGAAACAAGCAUUCAGAAAUGACUUGGAGAAGCGCUACACUGGCCUGGAUGAUCUGUUCUACACUGCAGCAGCUCUGGACCCCCGCUUCAAGUCUCUGCCCUUCCUGACUGACCAUGAUGCUGAGCGGACGUUCACAAGCAUAACAGCAGAAGCUACAUCCCUGCAUAACAAGGCAACAGGGGAUCCAAUUCAGAGAGGCCCACUGCAGACAAAUCCAUGUCAGACUGAACCUGCCCUUGGAGAUCUGGACAUUAGCAUUGAUGCACCCCAGACCCAAGAUGAGCCUAAAGAUGAUGACCCUCCUCUCAAAAAGAAGAAAAUGUCAGCGUUGGACCAGCUGUUGGGAAAAGACUUUGAAGUGAGGAUGGGAGCUAGAUCUGUAAGAGACAAGGCCAACGAAGAAGUCAAGAGGUACAGAGAGCGUGAUCUGUUGUCCCUGCAAAAAAACCCACUGCAGUGGUGGAAAGAGCAGCAGGACUUGCCACUGCUGUCGUCUCUGGCUAAAAAAUACCUCUGUAUCCCGGCCACCAGUGUGGCAUCUGAGCGGGUGUUUAGUACUGCGGGAGAUAUUGUUUCCUCUAAACGCAGUCUACUCAAACCUGAGCACGUGGAUCAAUUGAUAUUCCUGAAGAAAAACCUGUCCCCCAAAAACAACAAGGAUAGUGAGACUUGAAUGAAGGAGAUUUGUAAAAAAAAAAAGCAGCAGUUUGAUUUAUUUUAUACAUAUGUUUAUUGUUUAAUAGAUGUGUUAAUGUUACAUAUGUUAAUAUGUUACAUAUUUAUUUCCUUUAAUCUUUUACAUAAUGCACUUGUCACUGUGUGUUAAGCAUUGUUGAGAUAAGAAUGUGGUUGCUGCUUUGUUCUUCCCCCUCUGACACAUUUUGAGAUGUCAUAAGGUUUUGGUUACAUGGUUUGUUUAUAGGUCACAGGUUCUGAACCCAUUAUCAAUUCCUGCGGUGCCCUCAAUCUGCUGCUGCUUACAUUUUUCAGUUUGUAACUUGUAACUUGCACCUUUGUUUUCCAAACACUAUGCUCAGGUUGUGAUUUUUCUACC